CAUCUUUGGUGCUGGGCUUGGUUUGCAGAUUUGCCCUUCGGCACACUGAGAAUUUCAAUCAAGCGAUGAAUUCGGAUGCAGAAAAGGCGUGGGCUUCCCUGGUCACAAAGUCUUCAUAUUUACCUGGGCUCUUCACACUUGACUACUCGCUAAAACGUGUUGGUUCUAAGUUCCCUCUUAUAGCUCUGUACACAGAUGCACUCCCAAAAGAUGGCCAUCAGGCUCUUGACAUCAGAGGUAUACGCAAACAAAGGGUCGAAUAUGUCUUGCCCUCCAAAGCUAAAGACUUUUCCCACUCUGAUCCUCGAUUUGUAGACACCUGGACCAAGCUAAGUGUUUUCGGGAUUUCCGGAUUUGAAAGGGUGGUUCUGCUAGAUGCAGAUAUGAUCGUGCGGCAAAACAUGGACGAGCUAAUGGAUAUUCCUCUGGAUAAUGCUGGCAUGAAGGGUCAAGGAAACCGAGUCUUCGCUGCCAGUCACGCGUGUGCCUGCAACCCGCUUAAGAAAGAGCACUAUCCAAAAACAUGGAUUCCUGAAAACUGCGCGUUCACUUCUCAACAUGACGACCCAGAGAGGGCACAGAUCGAGGGUGCUCCGUCUUCGGCGGGAGUAGCAAUGCUCAACUCGGGACUGCUUGUUGUAAUACCUUCACCCUACGUCCAUGAAAAAAUUAGGGAGGCCAUGCUCGAUGAGGGAAUUGCAAAUUACAAUUUUCCAGACCAGGAGCUACUAAGCGAAGCGUUCAAAGGCAGAUGGGUUCCUUUACCCUACAUAUAUAACGCAUUGAAGACCCUACGAGCCCCUGAAGUGCAUGGUAAAAUAUGGAGGGAUGACAAAGUUAAGAUUGUUCAUUAUAUUCUCAGCCCAAAGCCAUGGGAAAUCAAGAGUCGAGACGACGUAGUUGAAGAAACUGUAAGUUGGUGGUGGGAUAUGAAUGAUGAACGGGUCAGAGAAGAGAAGAAGCUAGGCAUUGUGGAUGAAUUCCAAUAGUUCAGGCCUUUUAGGAACGAAAUCUAGACAUAGCUAGUCUUUUAACUUUAUCGAUGCUUUGGUCAUAAGCUGCAAUAUAUGAAAGGCUUCAAUUA